AUGGGCAACCCCAUCCUGGCCUCAGCGAAGCCCUCCCCCGUGCCACCUCCGCCACCCAUCGGAUCAGCAGCUGCUGUCAGAAAGCUCCUGAGACAUUGUAUCAGGAAGACAAACUGCAAGCUGCCAUUUUUCGGACUGGAAAACUGAGACCCAGAGAACUUGCCUCAUCUGCCCUGACACAUCAGCUCCAUUCAUCUCUCACCCAUGAAGGUCAGGGUCACUGGAGUCAUCAGUCACUUUUGACUCUGUUCCUCCAAGAGGGGAGGAGUUCUAUCCUUUGAGCUGUUCUGCCACAAAGUUGACAUCACGAAAUUUGGGGUAGAGUUGUAACUAAGUUAACUAAAUUGCCACAGUUUGGGGAAGACCAAGACAGAAGCAUCCUGGAGCCCAGGUCAGAGCCUUGGAUCCUCCCUGGGGAAAGGUGAGAGUUGACUACACCACCAGACUUGGGGAUGCUCCUGUGAGGCUCCACCUGCAACCUGCAGUCUCUGCACUUUUCCCCCAUGAUACAACAGGUUGGGCUAUAUGGACAGGUGCACCCUGAGAGUUGAACCUGGCUUUUGACCCAUCACUUCUGGAAAGGUCCACUUGAACUUCCCCACCUUCACUCCCAUAUUCCCAGCCUUUCCACAGUCACUUUACAUUGGAUCUCCAGGCACUGCUCCAGCCAGCCUGGGAGGACUCCCUACCACUACUACCCUAGGGAGGGAAACCAAGGCUCACAGCUAACUUGUCCCCAUUGGCACUUCCUUGCAGCUACUGGGAUGGAGACAGCCUGGACUUUCGGCCGGGCUCCCCAUCACCCCAUCUCCUGGGCCCUUUCCCUGGGUCCCCUCAUAUCCAGGGGCCCUGGGAGCAUCCUAUGGCCCAGGAAGCUGGGGAGGGCAUCCUGUCUGAGCAGAGAUUUGAGAACUCAGUUAUUGUGAGAACUGUGAAACCCCAUAUCAAGGUCAAGGGUUCUAGAAGGUUCACCCACCAGGGUGAACUGAAGUUCUUGGAGAAAUAUCCUCCAAGCCCCCGGAAGUUUGACUGGCUUGGAGAUACAGAUGAGCAGGGGCUCCUGAGAGAUGCAGGGCUGCACCUGAACCUAUCUCCCCAGCCUCCAACCAUCACUUCCUUCAGGAGGGUAAUUGUGCCAGUGAACAACAGUCCUAAAACAUUGGACAUGGAGGUGGUGGGUACCAAAGAGAACAUAGAGGACCUUGAGGGGCUUGCCCAGCCUUCCAAGUGGGGCUUACACACAUCGGCGUUGGAAGUGGCCACACAGACCUGGACAGUGAACUCUGAGGCAUCUGUGGAACGUCUGCAGCCAGUGUUGUCCACAGUCCAGACAGGGCCAUACCUGUGUGAACUAUUGCAGGAGGUAGCUGAUGGAGAGGCCAGCCAUGAUGAGGAGGAAGAAGAGCCAGCAGUGUUUCCAUGCAUUGAAUGCAGCAUCUACUUCAAGCACAAAGAGCACCUUCUAGAACACAUGAGCCAACACCGCCGAGCACCAGGCCAGGAGCCUCCAGCUGACCUGGCUCCUCUGGCCUGCAGUGAAUGUGGCUGGGCUUUCGCAGAGCCUGUUGCCCUAGAGCAGCACUGGCAGCUGCACCAGGCUUCCCGGGAGAAGAUCAUCGAGGAGAUUCAGAAGCUGAAGCGAUUUCCAGGUGAUGAGGGCCGCAAGGCACGGCUACAGUGCCCAAAGUGUGUCUUUGGCACCAAUUCCUCUAGGGCUUUUGUGCAACAUGCCAAACUGCAUGUGCGUGAGCCACUGCCCAGCCAACCAGCCAAGGAACAUUUUGGGGGUGGCAGCAGGGCUGGCAGCCCAGUCGUCAGUGCUGGCAACCUCAACUAUCCGUCCUAUGGAGCCUCCUCAAGUCUCAGUCUGUGUAUCUACUGUGGCUUCCCAGCGCCUAGUGAGAGUCUGCUCAGGGAGCACAUGAGAGUAGUGCAUGCCCAUCCCCACUGGGAGGAGCAUGGUGAGGCCUUUGAGAGAGACCCCACCAGCCAGCCAGGCACCAGCCAGGACACAUAUACCCGCUUCCCUGACAACACUACUAUGGACUACUUUGACAAAGCUGAGCCGCUCUUGGCUGGCACGUGGCAGGAGAACCCUACUGGAUAUGACCCUGGCCUGGCCUUUGGCCCAGAGUACCAGCAGCUGAGCGUGAGGGAUUUCCCACUGCUUAACUCCGGCCAACAGCCUCUCAGAAGGCUGGCCUUUCCCUCCCCAGUGGCCUCAGCUUCCUACUCCAUGCAGUUCAGUAGAAACAAAAGCACAGUCCACCUUCAGGGAAUGAGGCACCAGAGGCACUCUUGGAGUGAAGGGGAGGAGGAAGAGGAAGAUGAAGAUGUGGUACUGACCUCUGAAAUGGAUUUUGCCCCUGAAAAUGGGGUCUUUCCACCCCUGGCCAUCCCCAAUCUCAUCCCCCAGCCAGCCCUAGCACUGAAGCAGACUUUCAGAGAUGCCUUGUGGACAGCUGAGGCCUCACAGGCUCAGCAGCAGCAGCUCCGAGGAAUGGUACCCAUUGUUCUGGUGGCAAAGCUCAGGCCACAGGUCAUGGCUGCAAUGAGCAGGGCAUCCUCAAGGCUGCAACCUGAGGAGCUGAGACUGGGAGGAACCCACCCCCUGGACUUCCUGCUCCUAGAUACACCUCUGGGUGGCCCACUGGGUCUGGACACAAUCCUGGAAGGGGAUCCGGCUAUGGUUCUAAAGCGUGAGGAGCGGAAAUGUCCCUACUGCCCUGAUCGUUUCCACAAUGGCAUUGGGCUGGCCAACCAUGUCCGGGGCCACCUGAACCGGGUGGGCGUCAGUUACAACGUUCGGCAUUUCAUCUCUGCAGAGGAGGUGAAGGCCAUUGAACGCAGGUUUUCCUUCCAGAAGAAAAAGAAAAAAGUGGCCAACUUCGACCCAGGCACCUUUAGCCUGAUGCGAUGUGACUUCUGUGGGGCUGGCUUUGAUACUCGGGCUGGCCUCUCCAGCCAUGCCCGUGCCCACCUGCGAGACUUUGGCAUCACCAACUGGGAGCUCACCAUCUCGCCCAUCAACAUCCUACAGGAGCUGUUGGCCACUUCUGCAGCUGAGUUGCCCCCCAGCCCUCUAGGCCGUGAGCCUGGUGGGCCACCUGGAAGCUUCCUGACUUCUCGCCGGCCACACUUACCUCUCACUGUGCCCUUCCCACCCACCUGGGCUGAAGAACCUGGGCCAAUCUACGGAGAUGGCCUGGGUUCUGAGGAGAACACAAUGGUGGCCAUGGACUUGGGGUCUCCCCCACUCCCUAAGAAGAACCUGCCUGUCUCUGGGGCCUUGGAGCAGGUGGCCAGUCGGCUGAGCAGCAAAGUGGCCUCAGAGGUUCCUCAUGGCAGCAAACAGGAGCUGUCAGACCUCAAGGCACAGAGCCUGACCACCUGUGAGGUCUGUGGUGCCUGCUUUGAGACUCGAAAGGGCCUAUCCAGCCAUGCACGCUCACACUUGCGACAGUUGGGGGUCGCAGAGUCAGAGAGCAGUGGUGCUCCCAUCGACCUCCUCUACGAGCUGGUAAAGCAGAAAGGCCUGUCUGAUGCUCCCUUUGGGCUGCCUCCUGGCCUGACCAAGAAGUCCAGCUUGCCGAAGGAAUUGGUUGCUGGGGCUGCCCGGCCUGGCCUGCUCACCCUGGCCAAACCCCUGGAUGCCCCUACUGUCAACAAAGCCAUCAAGUCACCUCCUGGAUUCUCUGCCAAGGGCCUGGUCCACACAUCCAGCUCUCCACUCCUCAAGAAGGCACCGCUGGCCCUGGCAGGAUCCCCCACUCCCAAGAAUCCUGAGGACAAGAGCCCUCAGCUGUCCCUGAGUCCCCGGCCGACCUCCCCAAAGACACAGUGGCCCCAUUCUGAGGACGAGGGACCCCUGAAUCUCACUUUAGAUAGUGACGGGGGCAGAGAGCUGGACUGCCAGCUGUGUGGUGCCUGGUUUGAGACCCGAAAGGGCCUGUCCAGCCACGCCCGUGCCCAUCUGCGCCACCUGGGCGUCAGCGACCCGGAUGCCAAGGGAUCCCCCAUAGACGUGCUCCACGGGCUCAUCAGGAGGGACGGCGUCCAGAUCCGCCUCCCACCCGGGCGCGGAGCCCUGGCCCAACUGGGGCAGCCUCCUUCUGCCUCCACAGCCCUCUCUUUGCUCCCCUCCCCACCGCCGGCCAAGAAGGCCAAGCUGAAGGCCGCGGGUAUGGCCAGCCCCUGGGGGAAGCAGGACCUCUCAGCCGCCGGCAUUUUCUGGGCCUCUGAUGUGGAGCCGUCUCCUCUCAACCUCUCCUCAGGCCCAGAGCCAGCACGAGAUAUCCGCUGCGAGUUCUGCGGUGAGUUCUUUGAGAACCGCAAGGGCCUGUCUAGUCACGCACGUUCCCACCUGCGGCAGAUGGGUGUAACUGAGUGGUACGUGAACGGCUCACCUAUUGACACACUUCGGGAGAUCCUGAAGCGACGGACCCAAUCCAGGCCAGGUGGACACCUCCACCCACCAGGGCCUAGCCCAAAAGCCCUGGCCAAAGUGGUAGGCAGCGGAGGUCCUGGCAGCUCACUGGAAGCCCGCAGCCCCUCGGACCUUCACAUCUCACCCCUGGCCAAGAAGUUGCCACCUCCACCAGGCAGCCCCCUGGGCCACUCACCAACUGCCUCUCCUCCCACGGCCCGGAAGAUGUUUCCAGGCCUGGCCACACCUUCUCUGCCCAAGAAGCUGAAGCCUGAACAAAUGCGGGUGGAGAUCAAGCGGGAGAUGCUGCCAGGGGCCCUUCAUGGGGAGCCGCACCCAUCUGAGGGUCCCUGGGGUGUGCCUCGAGAAGAUAUGACACCCUUGAACCUGUCAUCCCGGGCAGAGCCAGUUCGUGACAUCCGCUGUGAGUUCUGUGGUGAGUUCUUCGAGAACCGCAAGGGCCUCUCCAGCCACGCACGCUCUCACCUGCGGCAGAUGGGUGUGACCGAGUGGUCCGUUAAUGGCUCACCCAUUGAUACACUACGGGAGAUCUUGAAGAAGAAGUCCAAGCUGUGCCUCAUCAAGAAGGAGCCACCAGCUGGAGACCUGGCUCCUGCCCUGGCUGAGGACGGCUCCCCCACAGCAGCUCCUGGAGCUGUGCAUUCCCCACUGCCAUUGUCACCCCUGGCUAGUCGGCCAGGCAAACCAGGAGCUGGGCCAGCCCAAGUUCCCCGGGAGCUCAGCCUGACACCCAUCACUGGGGCCAAGCCCUCAGCCACCAGCUACCUGGGGCCAGUGGCCACCAAGCGGCCCCUACAGGAGGACCGCUUCCUCCCACCAGAGGUCAAGGCCAAGACCUACAUCCAGACUGAACUGCCCUUCAAGGCAAAGGCCCUCCAUGAGAAGACCUCCCACUCCUCCACCGAGGCCUGCUGCGAGCUCUGUGGCCUUUACUUUGAAAACCGCAAAGCCCUGGCCAGCCAUGCACGGGCUCACCUGAGGCAGUUUGGUGUGACGGAGUGGUGUGUCAACGGCUCUCCCAUCGAGACACUAAGUGAGUGGAUCAAGCACCGGCCCCAGAAGGUGGGCGCCUACCGCAGCUACAUCCAGGGUGGCCGCCCCUUCACCAAGAAGUUCCGCAGUGCCGGCCAUGGCCGUGACAGCGACAAGCGACCACCCCUGGGGCUGGCACCCGGGGGCCUAUCCUUGGUUGGCCGAAGUGCUGGGGGGGAGCCGGGGCCUGAGGCUGGCCGGGCAGCUGAUAGUGGUGAGCGGCCUCUGGCAGCCAGCCCACCUGGUACCGUGAAGUCAGAGGAAUACCAACGGCAGAAUAUUAACAAAUUUGAGCGCCGACAAGCCCGUCCCCCAGAUACCAAUGCAGCCCGGGGGGGUGAGGAGGCCAAUGACCUGCAGCAGAAGCUGGAAGAGGUGAGGCAGCCUCCACCCCGGGUCCGGCCAGUCCCUUCCCUGGUACCUCGGCCUCCCCAGACAUCACUGGUCAAGUUCGUUGGCAACAUCUAUACUCUCAAGUGCAGGUUCUGUGAAGUGGAAUUCCAAGGCCCACUUUCCAUCCAGGAAGAAUGGGUGCGGCAUUUACAGCGGCACAUCCUGGAGAUGAAUUUCUCCAAAGCAGACCCUCCGCCUGAGGAGCCCCAGGUCCCUCAGGCACAGACAGCAGCUGUAGAGGCACCCUAACACAAAGCAUUCCAGAUUCCUCCUCAUGCCACCUGUCUCCUCCCGUUUCUCCUCUGUGUCCUCUCUCCCUCUUUCCUUUUUCUUUUCCAUUUCCAAAGGAGCAAGCCAAAACCUCAAACCGGCGCCCCUUGGGGGCUGGGCACACUACAACCAGGGCGCCAGGAGCCAGCUAUCCACCCUUCCCCCAGCCCAAGGACACUGGGACCACAGGGUGUCUCCCUUCAGCCCACCUGGUUGGUUCAGCAGGGGCAGUAGCUAGGCCCCUGGUGGUGGUCAAUCUGGUCAUUGGGAAGGAGGACAGCACUCCCCUCUGUCUAGCAACCAAACAGGGCUAUGCCUGCCAAUUGUGGCUAUUUUUAAAGACCCCUGUCCAGGUUCCCUCUUGCCCCCAUGAAUAUCUUCUCACACACAGGCAAAUACACACAUGCACACCUCGUGCGAUCUGGGAUCUGCCCUAGCCCCCCCAGUUCCCAAGUCGAACGACCACAUCACGCCACGGUGCUUGCUCAGGGGAAGCCAUGCUCCCUCUGCUGACCCACUAGGGCCUGGGAGCCCCCAUUGAGUCCACUAUGCCACGAAAAUUGUUGCUGGCUGCCCCCCCAAAGGGGCGUUCCUAGCUUGGAAGAGCUCAUAGCUCACAGCUGACAGCUGCCUCCUGCCAUGUCAAAGCCCCUCAUAGCCUCAGGGGCUUCCAGGGCUGGGAGGGUAGAGUGAGGGGUGGGACUCUCCUCCCCCUCCUCCCCCUUUUCACUGUUGCUUUCUAUGUAUAGCUCCCUAGAUCUCUCACUUUUUUAAAAAUGCAUUUUGUGUAGAGAAUAAGAAAUGUGGAUCUUUUUAUUUUGCAAUCCUGGGCCAGCUAGAUACCGGGAGCUGAUUGACCUUUUAACUUUUUUCAGUGGCCACCUUUUGGUUAUCAAUGUAUCUAGAAGUAUGUAAAUCAGAUUAAAUUUCUCUUCUGGAACACCCUGGG